AUGGCUAUUGAUGGACCUACGUGCUACUUUUGCAGUCACCUCACUGAGGUCGCAUCUCCGACCGAAUCACACGGGGAUGUUGGAGUCGACAUCCGCAACGACCUUCAGGUUUACGUGGGAGGUGGCACCUGUUUACCAUUGCCAGAGGCAGCCAUAGAAUACCUUCAAUGGCAUUACCCUGACGCUGGGAAAACGCAUCACUCUCAACCAUCAGGUUUCAUCAGCGACAGUGACAUCAUGGGCGUCAACUACGAGGCCAAAUACAUACUUGAGAAGGACGAUCGAGAGGAUAUUAAUCUUCCAAGGGACCAUGCAGCCGUUGUUCCUGUUUUCAAUCGAGCAAAAUACAUUAGUGUUUCUCGUCCAUCACUGUUGAUAGCCAAUUACAAGGUCUGUGAAACCCUUUGUGGACACGGAAUAUUUCAAGAAGCCCUUUCCUUGAGGAAAAGUGAGAAAUGUAAGCAACUGGAAGAAGCAGCUGGCAUUUCUGGACGCAAUGAUAACACUCGAAACAUUUUCUUGUCUUAUCCAAGCGGAGACAAGGUUUUCAAUGUCUUCUUCCAAAUAGGUAACCAUUCUUCUGAAAUCGAUGAGAAGAAUCUGAAGAUAAACAUUAUGCAGGCAAUCCUUCAGUGUCACGAUGAUAGAGCUGUCUUUAGUACGAUGUGUGGUCCAUUCCUUGAGCAGGCCGCAAUAGUCGUUGCUUUCCCUGCCUUUCCCUUCAUCGAGAGAGAGCAUAUUCUUCGGUUCCUCAAGUGUGAAUCGUGUUCACAGAAGAUCUUGACGAAGGACGAUCUCCUACAUCCAGAUGCUCUCAAAGAAUUUCUACGACGUAACGGUGUUUGGGAGCCACCAUCAAUCAUUGCAGAAGCCACAUCUAGUUCUGAGCGGCUGUUUCGAGAAAUUUUCUCUCUCUACAUCUGCGCUUCUUCUUCUAUCGAAAUGGCAUACUCUUGUCUGCAGCAUUUCCCCGCCAACGAUGAUCAAAUGGAAAAAAUUGCAUGCAUUUUAACUCCCGAACAAAAGAGACUAGUGGAUGAGGAUGAGAAGUCAUCUUGGCUCCUCCCGAUAGCGGGAGCGUCAGGGACGGGAAAAACUCUUGUUGUGAAAGAGAGAGCAAAACGAAUUGGGAAGCAAGAGGGUGCUCAAGUGUUAGUGGUGAACCUUGCAGGGGGACACCUGACGAAAAACUUCCAGCAUGAAUUCGAAAGAUUGACGAAUAUUAUGGUGCUGGAUGGAAGGGAUGAGGAAAUAUCACAAGACAGUGAUGGGAUAUUCGCCUUCUUGCAAAGGCGAGGAAAGGGGAAACAUGUUCUCCUUGAUGAAGUCCCUCUCACACUGGGAAUGAAAGGUGAACUCGAUGAAAAGGCUCUUUCUAAACACUGGGAAAAUAUGUCCAGUCUCGAGGGGAUUGUGAGAAGUCUCACCAUCGCAUUUCGUCCUAACGAUGCUGCCUACACAAGAUACAUCAAUCCCCAUGAAAUCAAGGUAGCAGGCCAGAACAUGAAUGUCCUGAACAUCGUGAAGAGGAACCCACGUCAUGUGACCGAUCUAUUCUUGGCCCUAGGCGAAUAUGCACGAAAGGUUUUUAUCUGCGAAGAACCGACUCUUCGUGACUUACAUUUCGGCCAUCCUGAGGAAGAGUUGCUUCCUACAUUCUUCCCCAUCCCCUCAUGCUUUACCAUCCAUGACGCCUGCAAGAGCAAGCUGGUGUGUGAGGCCGUGCGAUCUUCCCAGGCUAUACAGACAAUCUUAAGCAAGUAUUCCAUCACAUCUGAUAGCCCCCUUUACAUUGUAGUGGAUACUAUUGACAGAAGAAAUUGUCUAAUGAACACUCUCGAUCUCAUGUAUCGCACUGAGGUCAGUUUUAUUGAUUCUGGGGGAAGGUACCGUGGUUCAUCAUCCUCGUCCAUUAUAAUCGUGACAGGCGAUCAAAUCCUAGGGUAUCAUAUGAACAACACCAUUCUUAUUCUAGACCUGCCAGACUACAAAUGGAAAAAUUAUGUACGUUUGAUAUCCUCCUGCCAAAAUAAUGUCAUAAUCAUUGUGGAACACGAAGCUCUGCACAUAGGAAAGUAUUCUCAGAUGAAGCCCUUAAGGACAGAAAAUGCAAUGGAGGAAAUCAUGAGUGAUAAUGGAAAGGAAUAUGAGAAAGAGCUUCAAGAGAAGAUGGAGCGUGCGGAGGAGAUGGGCGGGGAAGGAAAAAUGGCAAGACUGGAUGAGCCUGCAUGGCGUCAGAUGAUUCCGGCCUUCCAAGUAAAUGCGAAUCUGCAUGGAACGUCUGAGGAAUAUAGUUAUCCCGUUGAAAAUCCCCCACUCCUGACAGUGAUUUUUGGGCCUCCUUCUUCGGGAAAGAGCACCCUAUUACUUGAAAGGAUUAAGCAUAUUGCUCGCCGUAGAAAUGAAGGUGAAAAGCAUCAGGGCAUCCUGCUUCAUAUGGGAAGCGCGCUUAGUCAGGAAGCGGCGCGGGCUUACCUGGAAGACUAUUCGAGUGCUCUGGACCUCAAACGAACGGAACCAUUGUCUCCCCAGGACAUCAUCAACUAUGAUGGGGUGGAAAAGGCGCGGUGGCAAUAUCGGUCCUCGAUCAUACAUAUUUACGUGGAUGAUUAUUCCAUCCAGGCCAACGACACCGAGGAGGAGGUAAACAAGUGGAUGCAAGCCCUGAAAGACUUAACCGAACAACAAGAGCAGGACCUAAUCUUAACAGUCGUGUUCAAGCCUCACUCGAAGAGCGGUCGAAAAAUCUCCGUGGAUGAGCUGAUAUCCUUUUUUCAGAGUCAAGAAAAAGUGGAGGUGAUCACUGUCCCCAAACGGUCUCUUGCCCGCUAUUCAAGCCCAUCGCUUCUCGCUAACAUUUCUAAAAAUGAGACCAGCAACCCAUUGCGAUUCCAAACCAAAAGUCUUUGUACAGCCUCGCACUCGGGGGUCUUCGUCCAUGGUCCCCAGCCCAAGCACAUCAAAGUGAAAUACAAUUGUCCAGGGCAUCAUCUGACUCGAAAGUGCAAAGGGCAAGAACAUUGUGGGCCUUUCAUGGGUGCAUUCUUAUGCUUCCGCUACGUUCUGACUUUCGAAAACGACAAAUCCAUUUACGUGAUGGUCACUGACCCGAAGUUGUUGUCUUGUCUGGAGUCAUUGAGCGAAGAUCAUGCAAAAAGGCUGACGUUUGUUGCUCCGGAGGACUUCCGAGGAUGUGAAUCCAACGUUACCGUCGCGGUGAACGUGGAGGAUACUUGGAUCCUCGAUAGCAUCUCUAGAGCCAGAACAAGUCUCUACAUCAUUGAUUGCUUGCCAGAUCAUGAGGGAGUUUGGCAGGAAUUGCGAGAGGACGGGUUUCUGGAGAUCCAGGAAGUUUCCGGAGACUGGGUUAUCGACGCGGACACCCUUGACAGUCUUCAUUCAUUUGGUGACUUCCUUUGCGAGAAAAUUCAUGGGGAAGACUCGACCACACUGCUCGAUAAUAUGAAGGCAGCUGCGGACUUGUUCCAAAAAGGGAUGAAGGGGAAACCUGAUAUUUACAAGUUGCGAAAGUCGAACAUAAUGAAAAAUGAUGAAAUGGGGAUCGCCAAGUACGACGUAGGGGCCCGCAUCCUUGGAAAUGGAGAGGAGAGGACCAUCAUUCUCGUGGGUCAGACGGGAGCAGGAAAGACGACAAUCAUCAAUGGACUUGCCAACUAUAUAUACGGCGUAGAGUGGAAGGACGACUUUCGGUUCAAGCUCAUCACAGAGAUGGCUGAUCUGCAUGAAAGAGAAAAGGCUCACAGUCAAACUAAAGAGAUAUCGGCAUAUUCCUUCAAUUGGCAAGAGGGUAUGAGGAUCCCGUACACACUCACCGUCAUCGACACGCCAGGAUUUGGGGACUCCGAAGGAAUCCACAAGGACGAGGAACUUGUUUUCAAGAUGCUGGAGUUCUUCAAUCAAUGUGCUCCAUUCGGCUUAGAAUCUAUCAAUGCAGUCGGGUUCGUGUUGCCAUGUUCCACUCCCAGACUCACAGCCACGCAGAAGUACAUCUGUCAUGCCAUUACCCAGUUGUUCGGUAAUGACGCCAAGGAUAAGUUUGUUCUUUUGAUAAGCUUCAGUGAUGCCCAGGACCCACCAGCCAUCAGCACAAUCAAUGAGGCCAAAAUAUCCUACGAAUCUUUUCAUACGUUCAACAACUCCGCCCUGUUCGCCAAUAGUUCGGACCCCUUACAAGAGAUGCUUUGGGAAAUCGGUCAGAAAAGUAGCGAGGAUUUCUUAAAAUCGCUUGGUGAGAUGUCACCGAUUAGCCUUGCGUUGACAAAACAGGUUCUCGCCGAGAGAAGGAUCCUAAAGGAGACUCUGGAAAACUUGCAGGAUAACAUCCCUAGAGCGAUAUCUAAGAUAAGUGAACUUCAGAAUCAGUGCAAAAUCCUCAGGGAGAAACAUGAGAAGGUGACUGAACUCGUGAGGUUCGAGGAAAAACAAAUACAAAUUUCCUUGAAGAGGAAGGAAAAGGCCAUUAAUUGCAUCACCUGCCAAACUACCUGCGAAUACCCGACGCAGAUGUCUAAACUCAAGGAUAUAGAGAAAAGCGGAUGCAUGGAGAGCGACGAACAGAAUGUGAAAUGCAAAAAAUGCCAAUGCCCUUCCAAGACCCAUCGGCUGCAAUCGAUACGAUAUGAAAUGAAAUCCUUCUACAAGCAGAAGAAUCCUGAAGACGGAGACAAUGUUGCCCAGCAAAUAGAGGCCAAGGCAGUUCAGGAACGGAGUUUGAGGAACCUCACUGAAGAAAUUCAGAAAAGCCAAGUUGAACUCUUCGCCCAGAUCCAAAAGGCCCACAUGAGCAAAGCCCGCCUCGAAAAAAUUGCCCUCAAUCCAGAGCCUCUGUCUCUGGAGGAAUACAUCAACUUUCUCAUUAAUAUAGAGAAAAAAGAAGGUAUAGAUGGGUCUCGGAGUCGGAUCGAGCAGUUGGAGUACGCGAAGGAAGCAUCCAAGUUGUGUAGGCAGAUCUUGGAGGAGAAAGGCUCUGGGGAGACUAUUCUGCCGGACGUUAUGUCCAUCCUGGAGAAGGAGGAAAUCAAAUUUGAGACGCUGGGGAUGGAAACUGUUGAAGAAAUCGAGCAGCCCAGUAGUAUGGUGGACACUAUCAAGGCACUGUUCAUUUCUUUCUUUGGGAAGAUCUCCAAGAAGAUUAGAAGUUAAACCUUAAUUCGUUUUCAUUACAAAUGGAGUUUUGAAUACUGAUUGUCCAGUUACGUCAGUUUUUCUUCUUAUAUUCAAUCCUUAUUGUUGGAUAACUUUUCUUCCUCAUGUAAUGCAUGUCACCCGUCAUGAUAACGCAGUGUUGUGCGAUAUCUCGAUUAAUUCCCAUAUAUCGAUAUCGAUUGUAACCAUAUCCAGUUUGAAGCAAGUGGAACCGAUGCUGACGAUCCAAUAAAUAUGUGGUAGAAUGAUUUC